GUUAUGGUUGUGCGAUUGAAUUACCCAAUAUGGUAACCCAAAACAGUAAUUUGCCAUUAAUAGAAAAAUGAUGAUACUUAAACUAAAAAACUCAAUCUGAAGUAAUUAUAACUAGUGAUUAAUGCUUUAGAUACGAAUUGAUUAUAUUUGAUAAGUUAGCUGAACCAUUAACGAUUCAAGUGAUCGAUUUAUAUUCUAUAAUUAUCUUUGCAUCUCAUGUCUGGUCCUACGAAUGUUAACUCAGGAGGAGGAGGUAGUUGGAUGCCCAUGUGGAAAGCAAAUUCAAGUGCAACAGCAAUCAUCAAUGAACCUGAGAAUGGGAAUGCUGCAAAGGCACCUUCCGUACUGAAUACGACUACUAAUGAAAUAGAUAAGAAGAAAGAAAGCACAGCUAAGAGAAGAAAACCUUCUGCUAAAGGAUUGAAAGAGAAACCUUCUACAUCUUCUUUGAAUUGGCUAAGUUGGCCAACCACAAAACUUAAAGAUGAUGCUUCAUUACCGAUCGUAAACAAUGAAGGAGAUCAAGAAGAAUAUGGUGAAGAUGAAGAUGAUUAUGUCCCAGACGAUAAUGGUGAUGAAAUAGAUGAUCAUGUCAGUCAAGGUAAAAAGAAAGCAGCAACUUCUUGGACCUUUUGGAAUGCCACCCGAAGUCAAGGUGGUGAUAAUAAUAAUAAUAAUAAUAAUAAUAACAAUAAUGGAAAUAAUAAAGAUAAUGAUUCUAAAGCUAAAGAAAAAGAAAAGGAAAAGGAAGAUUUUCCUGAUUUUACAAACACUAUAGUGAAUUCAAAUCCAGCCAUACCUACUAAACAAGAUCUUCUUCAGAAGGAUCCAAAACCUGAAGACAGAGAUGCUAAUCCACAACUACCACCAACAAAUAAUGGAGAUGAUGCAGUAUUAUAUAAACCCCAUGAUAAUGCUAGUCAAUUCAAUCAAAUCAAUACUCAUAAAAAUGAAAAUUUAAAAGAAAAUGUCAUAGUACCGAGUUGGGAUUCUUGUCUUCCCCAUCAUUCAUCAGUACUACCAAGUUCAGGUGGUAUAGCCCUGUUAUUAGGUGGUUCGUCUACAGCCAAUCAAACAAGCAUACAAUCAUCAAGAGUUGAUUUAAGGAGUUGGCGACAGUUUUUAAGUCAGUUAUCUUCCAAAUUAGGAUUUAGUUCAGAAUCCUUAACUAGUGUUGUUGAAGAUGGAAACAACGUAAAUGAAGAGGCUAAUAAUGAAGAUAUAGUGGAAAAAGAGUUUAAUUUAUUAUAUGAAAGAACAUAUAAACUAUACGGACGAUCAUUGGCCCGAUUACCCAAACAUAAACGAGCAUGCUUACCAAAUUACAAUAAAUACUAUACCAGAUCUUCAAAUGAAGAUGAUGAAGUUUACAGAUAUGAACAACAAACACAAUUAGAGGAAGAUGCAACUGAUCCUAAUUCUAUUUCAAUCACGAAUGAUCCUAUGGGGAAUCUUUUAAUCAAUCAUAGUAAUAAACAUCAAAUCGAUCAUUCUGAAAUCAUUAGUCAUAAAUCAGGUCCAUUAAAGAAAAUUCAAAAAAUCUUAAUCAUUGGAGUUCAUGGAUUUUUCCCAACAAAAAUGAUUAGACCAUUAAUUGGAGCUCCAAAGGGUACAUCAUUAAAAUUUGCUAAUGAAGCUGAAAAAUCCAUCAUUCGUUAUUGUGUGGAAAAUAAUCUCAUAACUGAAACUGAAUCAAAUAUUAGUAUUCAAAAAAUUGCUUUGGAAAAGGAAGGUAAAAUAUUCGAUAGAGUUAAUUUUUUUACGGAAAUUUUAGAGAAAUGGCAUAAUGAAUUAAACAAUGCUGAUUUUAUAUUUGUGGCAUCUCAUUCUCAAGGUUGUGUGGUUUCAAUUAUAUUAUUAGCUCGAUUAAUUAGUUUAGGAAUCUUGAAGGAUCCUAUAAGAAAGAGAAUUUCAAUUUUGGGUAUGGCAGGGAUUAAUAAUGGGCCAUUUUAUGGGGUUGAUAAAUCAUUUUUUAUGAAGGCAUAUUCUGCCAUUGAACAUGAAUCACUUAAUGAAUUAUUUGAAUUAACUAAAUUUACCACAGAUCAAUCAUUGGCAUAUAAGAAUGCCAUGCAAAUCAUUAUCAACAAUAAUGUUAAGUUAUGUUUCAUUGGUUCUAUAAAUGAUCAAUUGGUACCAUUAUAUUCCGCAUUAGCAUCUCAUGUCUAUCAUCCUAAUAUUUAUCGAGCAUGUUAUAUUGAUCAUUCAGCCCAAACCCCGUUAUUCAUUCAAAAAUUGGUUUCACUUUGUUGUCAAUUACAGAAUCUUGGAUUCUUUGAUAAUAACGUGAUAAAAGAAUUAAGCACGUUAUUGGCAGGACCAUUAACAGGAGGGGGACAUUCUAAAAUCUACAAUGAUGGGAAAGUAUAUGAUCUUGGAGUUCAAUUUGCAUUAGAUACCGAUGAUAUUGUCAUUCCACCUACUGGUCAUAUUCCCUUACUAACACGUGGAAUCUCAUUACCUGAUCAUGGCAUAUCUAAUGGAACAUAUCAACCAUUUGGACCUGAUGCAGAAGUAGUAAAUUGUCCUGUUUAUAAUAGAGUGUAUGUGAAGGAGUAUAACGUGGGUAAAAUAGGUUCCAACCCAUUCAUAUUACCAUGGUGUCUUCGAGGAUUAUUAUUCAAUGUGGAGAAGAAUUGGCCCAACAAUAAUAAAUUAAUCACCGUUGAUAGUGGUCGUGAAUUGGGGAAAAAUGGCUAUGAUGAAAUCAAUGAAUUGUAUGAACUGUUUGAGAGUUGGAAGCCAGACACUAAGCCAUUAAAGGAUCUUAAGUUUAGAUUGAAUGGACUUCGAGUGAGUAAAUUAUAGCAAUGAGCCAUCCAUCCCCCAUUUUUAUAUAUAUAUAUAUUUUAGAUUAAUUUAUAUUAAAAUAAUAACGCGAAUUGUUUUUUUGGUUAACUAAAUUUUUUGGU